GUCAUGGAGACGCUACGGCCUGAGCGUCCAAUCAGAAGGCGCGGCAGGGGUUUAAAACGAUCAGCGUCCUGCGUCUGACCGUUAUUGGGUGCUGUUUUCUGCUCGUUGUUACGCAGCACAGAGUGGUUGAGAGAUCAGAGGCUCAUGGCACAAUUCGUCUUUGAGAACGACCUGAACAGCAUCUUGAAGCUGGAUACGCCACUCGCGAAUGCUCCGCUGGCGCGAUGGCAGCGCAAGGCGAAAGAGGGAACCUGUUCGUCGGCAAACACCUCUGUGAACUCCAGCGUCCUGUCGCCCAUGAAGACGGCAAACAGAUCCCACAGUUCCAGCAAGACGCCGUCGAAAACACCAGGCAAAUCGCAGGGGAAGCUGCAGGGCACGCCGUCACGAGCUGGAGGGGAUCGGUAUAUUCCUACUCGCAGCGCGAUGCAGAUGGAUGUGGCAAGCUUCCUGCUCAGCAAGGAGAACGAGCCGGCUGACCAGUCCCCCACUAAGAAGGAGCAACGGAAGGCCUGGGCAGUCAACCUCAAUGGAUUUGAUAUGGAAGAUGCCAAAAUCUUGCGUCUUGGUGGGAAGUCUCUUAACGCCCCUGAAGGUUAUCAGAACAACUUGAAGGUUCUGUACAGUCAGAAGACGACUCCUGGCUCCAGCAAAAAGCCUGGCAGAUACGUCCCCUCCAUGCCCGACAGAGUCCUGGAUGCUCCUGACAUCAGGAAUGAUUACUACUUGAACCUUAUUGACUGGAGCUCUCAGAAUCUGCUGGCGGUAGCGCUGAACGACUCUGUUUACCUCUGGAACUACCUGUCCGGAGACAUCAUUCUGCUGCUGCAGCUGGAGAGCUCUGAGGAGUACAUCUCCUCCGUCUCUUGGAUCAAAGAGGGGAAUUAUCUGGCGGUGGGGACCAGCAAUGCGGAAGUACAGCUCUGGGAUGUUCAGCAGCAGAAGCGUCUCCGCAAUAUGGCCAGCCACUCGUCCCGUGUUGGUGCCCUCAGCUGGAACAGCCACAUCCUCUCCAGUGGUUCCAGGACAGGACACAUCCACCACCAUGAUGUCCGCGUGGCUCAGCAUCAUGUGGCCACUCUGACAGGCCACACCCAAGAGGUCUGUGGCUUAAAAUGGUCACUCGAUGGCCGCUAUCUAGCCAGUGGAGCGAAUGAUAACCUGGUAAAUAUCUGGCCCUCUGUCCAAGGGGAUUCGGGAGAGUUCGCACCUGUUCAAACCUUCACACAACACCAAGGUGCUGUCAAGGCAGUGUCCUGGUGCCCGUGGCAGUCUAAUGUCCUGGCAACUGGUGGUGGAACAAGUGACAGACACAUCAGAAUCUGGAAUGUGUGCUCAGGGACCUGCUUGAACGCUGUGGACACGCACUCCCAGGUCUGCUCCAUCCUGUGGUCCACGCACUACAAGGAGUUAAUCUCCGGCCACGGCUUUGCCCAGAACCAGCUUGUCAUCUGGAAAUAUCCCACAAUGACCCGGAUAACAGAACUUAAAGGUCACAGCGCCAGAGUCCUCAGCCUGGCCAUGAGUCCGGACAGCAGCAUGGUGGCCUCCGCUGCUGCGGACGAGACCCUCCGACUGUGGAAAUGCUUCGAGGUGGAUCCAGUCACCAAGAAAGAAAAGGAGAAGGCAAGAAGCAGCAAGAGCCUCAUUCACCAGAGCAUCCGCUGAACGGUGCUGCCUGGCUUUUAACCCUUUGUGUAUAUUUGUAUUUUGGAAUAAACUUUUGUAUUUUAUACCUGUAAAUGCAUUUAGGGCAGUUUUGGUUUUUUAAGCUGUUUUUACCUGGGACAGGCGCUGUAGUGACUGGACUACUUAAACUGCUCUGCCUUGUCCACUGGUUUUAUAAUGUAUCUGCCCUGCGUCUCCAUAGUGCCGUCUGCUGUGUCAGACCUGAAAGGAGUAUUGCCAUUCAGCGUGUAGCCUGCGUCACUUCUCUGCACUUCCACAGAAAUAGUCACCCUGUUCCCUGUAAGUCACUAAUGUUUCUGCACCGUUCACUGAGGGUCUGUCUGGCACAGCUGUGUGUAUGGAGCCCCCCAUGUCUGUAACCAUUGUAAUAAAGGUGU